GUUCCAAAGGAAAAUGAAAUCCAUCCUCUGUCUGUGUGUGUUACUUGCUGGGCUUCAUGCUGUUGUCUUAUCUCAUCAUGUACCUGACCACCACAAUGACCAGGAUGGUCAAACAGAUAAUAAUCCCCCACCGCAGCUUAGCCCAGUUGGAGGCAAAGUCGUAACUGAACACAUGACCUUUAUGAAAGUUGUUGCUAGCAAUACUGACUUUGCAUUUAGAUUCUACAAGCAGAUUAAAUCAGAAGCAGCUGACAAGAACAUUUUCUUCUCUCCUCUGAGCAUCUCCACUGCCUUUGCAAUGCUGACGUUAGGUGCCAAGUCAGCCACUUUGAGUCAAAUUCACAAAGGACUCUCCUUUAAUCUGACAGAGAUUAAGGAGAGGGAGAUACAUGAAGGUUUUCAUCAUCUCAUCCGCAUGUUAAACCAUUCUGACAGUGAGAUCCAGCUGAAUAUGGGAAAUGCCCUUUUUGUAGAUGAUCGACUGAAACUACUAGAGAAGUUUUUGGCUGACGUCAAAAGUCUGUAUGAGUCUGAAACUUUUCCUAGUAACUUCCAGAAUUCUGCCGAGGCUGAGAAACAGAUCAAUGAUUGCAUCGAGAAGAAAACCCAUGGGAAAAUUGCCAACUUGGUCAAGGGUCUUGAUCCACUCACUGUAAUGGUUCUUGUCAACUAUAUUUUCUUUAAAGCUCAUUGGGAAAAUCCUUUCAGUAAUUUGAAUACCCGGGAAGAUGACUUUUUUGUGGAUGCCAAGACAUCUGUUAAAGUUAAUAUGAUGAACCGUGACAAAGAUUAUCGCACUCACCGUGAUGAGGAGCUGUCUUGCUGGGUGGUUGAAAUCCCAUACAAAGGAAAUGCUACUGCAUUAUUUAUUCUGCCUGAUGAAGGAAAAAUGAAGCAGGUGGAGGAGGCUCUGUUGAAAGAAACUGUGUCUAAAUGGACAACAUCACUUCAAGAAAGAGAAAUCAACCUAUACAUUCCAGCAUUCUCUGUAUCUGGUACUUAUGAUGUGAAAGAGCUGUUUCAGAAAAUGGGUGUGAUCGAUGUGUUCACUGAAGAAGCUGAUCUGUCCGGAAUCACGGAGAAAGCUGAACUGAAGGUGUCGAAAGUUGUUCACAAGGCCCUGGUGGAUGUUCAUGAGAAUGGUACUGAGGCUGCAGCAGUCACUGUGGUGGAGAUUGCAUUAUUUUCUGCUGUAUUUCCUCCUCCUCCUACCAUUAAAUUCAACAGGCCCUUCCUAAUGAUGAUUCUUGAUAAACCCACCCGAAGCAUCCUCUUUAUGGGCAAAAUCAUAAACCCUAUUGAAAAAUAACGGCCCAGCCACUCUUCAUGCCCCAGUGAUUUAAAUGAGUGGUGCGCAAAUUCUCAUGAGUAUGUGCAUGUACAACAGACAACUUGGUCCUAGUGACUGUAACUGAA